AUGUUAACUCUUCGAAUUUGCACACGAAUUUGCACACGACCGGAUACAAGCACAUGUCGUUUGCAAUCAACGUUAGCUGAAAAAAUGAAACAAGCUGUUUCCGGAAUCAACCCUAAUGAUAGUGAAGAAGAACAGAAACGAAUUUUGAGUGAAGAACGAGACAGUAAAGGUGAGCCGUUUCGUCCAGUAUUUUUAUAUCCAAAACGCAAAUUACGCAUGCAGUUAAACAUCGAAAGGGAAACAGGCCAAAUGAAAGUGCAAAGUUUACCACGUGGUGAUAUAUUUCAACGAAUGAUGGUUCGUCGGCCACGAAAAGAGGAAAUGAGUACCGAACAAGAUUGGCCAAGUGUUUGGCCAGUAGCACGUUCAUUUCGAUCCUCUGUGGUACCACUUCCAAUUCGGAUGGGUGCUAGGAGGCAUCCAGAAAGGAGAGCACCUUUUAAAACGGAAGGUAAUUUAGAAUUGGUCAAAAUACCAAAUUUUCUUCAUCUUACUCCAGCAGCUAUUGAAAGGCAUUGUAAUGCAAUUAAAAAAUUUUGUACAAAAUGGCCAGAAAAAUUGGAUGAUAAUGCACGUCAUAAAGUUAUGCUGAAACUUUUGCAAAAUUGUAAGUCUCAGAUUCGUAACUAUCAUCUUUGUGAUAAAUGGAUCAGUCAUAUCAUCUUUGUGAUAAAUGGAUCAGUCAUAUCAUCUUUGUGA